GGCCGGCGGCAGGAGGGGUGAUCUCAGGUUACGUGGCCUACAGAAAUGAGUGGGGCUGCGGGAGCCCGAUGAGGUUUCCGCUGAUGGCGGCCAAGGCGUAUUAAAGGGGAGCGUUGGGGCGGGCGGCUUGGCCCUGGCAGCGUCCCUGCAGCAUGGCGGGGCCAGGGGGUGAAGGGGACCUGCGGCACCUGCUGAAGCUGCACCGCACCGAGAUCGCCAUGGCGGUGGAUGACGUCUUCCCGCUGCUGCACGGCCUGGCCGACCACGACAUCGUCCCUGAGCACAUCUUCAAGGAGACGCUGAGCCGGACGGAGAGGGAGGGGUCCCACCGUGCUUUCCACGCGCUGCUCACCUGGCUGCUGGGCCGUGACGCUGCCGCCGUCCGCGACUUCUGGGCCGUCCUCUUCAAGGACUACAACCUGGAGCGGUACACCAGGCUCCGGCCCCUCCGUGGCGCCUUCCCCAGAGAGGUGGAACUGGGGCGGCAGCGCCGCAGCAGGCGCCUGUCCCCCAGCCCCACGGCACCGGCUCCACACAGACCCCAAGGCAAGAGGAAAGCCCCCGAGGAGCGGGACGGGGCCCGGGCGGUGCAGCCCUCCCCGCGGCACACCACCAGCCCCGGUCCUCACAACCCUGCAGGGCCCCUGGCAAAGGCGAGAACCCCGAAGAAGCUGGAGAGCGCGGAUGCUCCCCACACCCCUCGUGCUGGUGUCGAGGGCGGGGGGGGGGCUGCCCGUCCCGAUGAGCAUCCCCCCCUGCCUGCAGCCCUGCAGGCAGUGGCCGCCUCAGUGCGGAGAGCGGUGGCCGUGGCCGGUAGUGAGGUGCCCGUCACCCGCGGGGCCGUCGAGGGCAUCCUCAUCAAACACGUGCUGGAGCCGGGCAGCUCCAAGAUGGGCAGCAAAGCUGGGGACGAGCCAUACACCCUAGCCGCCUGUGAGGAGCCAGGGGCCAGGAGCAGAAGUCGCAGCCUGAAGCCCCCCACCCGGCUCAAGGCAUCCCAAAGUCAGAGUGGGGAGCCCCAACUGCUACCCCAGGGCCAGCUGUCAGCGCCCACCGUGCCCAGCCAGGACCCCGUGCCCCACCAGACUAUGGGGUCCCCUGCCAGCAUGAGCCCUGCCACAGCCAGUGUUGCAGCCUGCAGGAGGGGUGGUGGCAGUGACCCCCCGCCUGCUCCCCCGGGGCAGGAAAACGAGGACGAGUGUGCAGUGUGCGGUGACGGUGGUGAGCUCAUCUGCUGCGAUGGCUGCCCCAGGGCCUUCCACCUUGCCUGCCUGGUGCCCCCGCUGCCGCGUGUCCCCAGCGGGACGUGGCGGUGCGGCUCCUGUGUGGCGAGCAUGGCCGAGCCAGGCCAGCUGCGGGAAGUGGAUGCGGAGCAACUCCCCGAGAUCCCGGGGGAGGAGGCGUGCAGCACCCGGCAGGGUGGAGGCGAUGGGAGCAUCUGCAGCCGCUGCUUCACCCAGAUCCCUGCACCCCGACACUGCCCCACGCCCAGUGGGGACUCCGGGGUGCUGCUGCUCUGCACGUCCUGCAUUGGCAGCCGGGACACAGACAGCCUGGAGAGAACUGCGGCGACCGGAGACCACCCGAUACAGGCAGCAAAGGUCAGUACAACCAGUGCCUGGCCCUGGAGAAGGGAAAGGGGCCGGGUGAGGUGGCAGAGGUGGGUACAAAGGGCUGACGAGGCCUAGGAGCAAUGGCUCCGGCUGAGUGAGGGACAGGCUGACUGUAGCUAGAGGUGAGGUAGAGAAGCUCUGGCCCGAGGGGCUGGGAGCUGAGAGGUGCAGGCAGAAGGCAGACAGGAAAGCGGGCAGGACGUCUCCUCCCACAGGCAGAGGAUGUCUCCCAUGGCAGCGAGCCGGUGCUGAGCAGGGACGAGCUCGACGCGCUCCUGGGUGAGGUACGGCACUGGUGGGGACAAGCACACACCAACAGACAGAGUCCAUCCACAGGGGACCACAUCUCUGCUGUGACCCACAAGGUCA